AGAUGCCAUGAAAACCAUCCUAGAAACAUUCAACCAGAUGAGCACGAUCUUUCGCAAAAACCUGGGCGCUGCCUCUUGGAAUGAAAGUAGCUCUGACAGUCUGUGCAUACGCCUUCAUCGAGUAACCGCAGACCUGGAGGAGUGUAUGCUCCCGAUGAAAAAGAAAGGAUUCAAAAACCAUCUAAGGGUGAAGAAAUAUUUCAAAAAGAUGGAAAACUACUUGAAAGACAAGGGAUAUGAAAGGUGCGCGUGGGAGAUGGUGAAAAGCACGAUCAAGAUGCUUCUACCGGACGUCCGCCGCCUUAUGAUGAAGUUAUUGUAA